AUGAGACAAUUUUGGAAGCUUCUCCAUUUCACAGUCAUGACUGUCUUGGUGUUUGCCAUAUCGUUCAUGUCACUUACUACAGCAGUAUCUGUGCCUUCAGAUCAAAUAUUUCAGUAUAUCGAAGAACAUCAAAAUGAAUAUGUACAGAGACUCAAAGAUUGGGUGGCCAUAGAAAGUAACUCCAAUGACCCUGCAGAGAGACAUCUGGUUACAAACAUGAUGCUUUUGGCAGAAGAGAGGAUAAGAAAGUUAGGUGGAACAGUUGAGAUGGUAGAUCUGGGCAUGCACGAGCUACCCAAUGGAAACAAAAUCUCUUUGCCACCAGUUAUUUUGGCAAACAUUGUAAAAGAUCAAAAAAAGCCUAUGGUAUGUUUUUAUGGGCAUAUGGAUGUGCAGCCGGCAAAAAUUGAGGAUGGAUGGUCAACAGAGCCUUACAUAUUGACAGAGAAAAAUAGCAAUCUCUAUGGACGAGGUGCAUCUGAUGACAAAGGACAAGUUCUCGCUGUGCUGAAUGCAAUUGAAGCACUUCAAAAACAUGAACUUCCUGUUAAUGUAAAGAUUCUGCUUGAAGGUAUGGAAGAAGUAGGGUCCAUUGGGCUAAGUAUGCUAGUUGAACAGAGAAAUAGUACAUUUUUUUCUGACGUCGAUUACAUUGUGGUCACUGACACUGCAUGGCUCAGCAACAAACCUGGUAUUACAUAUGGGACAAGAGGAAACUGCCACUUCUUUCUUGAGGUGCAAUGUGCUAAACGAGACUUACUCGGGGGCUUUGGAGGAAUAUUACAUGAAGCAAUGAAUGACUUAAUAUUUCUGUUAAGUAAGUAUUUCAUUAUCUAUGAAUAAAUGUCAUGUUCUAGGACUGUCAUGGUCCAUUUCAAAGUAUAUCAGGUAUUGUUCUUACUCUCACCAACUAAUAAAAAGCACAGGAAUAUAAAAACAUGAAUUACAUGUACUGGGCCUGGUACUGACAUUGUUACUCAGGCAAAACUCGUAUUAAUUCCCAUGAGGCUUUUUUUUAGCAAGGACUAAGUAAAGAAGAUUUCAGGAUUGGAUCCAUAGUAUGCAUAAUUGCAAGUGCUGCAGCAUUUGAUCCAAUGGUGUAUUUUACUUUAAUUAUAUAGGGCCAAGUAAAUUUAAAUGGGCAAAAAAGGAACAACUCUGUGUGAGUAGGGGUGGCAGAAUUAGGCUCAUAUUUAUUUUAAAGCAACACCAGCAACCUGUGUUUACUUUAAUGUGUUUGUUAACAUUGCGACCCCAAUUCUGUUUGUUUCAUGUACCAUGUACUGGAUCAUAACAUGAAAGGACUCUGUGUUGUUAAACUGCACUAGAUCUUUACUGAAGCAGCUAUUUACGCAGGUACUGCAACAGCAACUAGCAUUCAAACUGUGUGCAGACAAACAGACUUCUAGGUGACAGGUUUCCGUGAUAGCCGUAUUAGUCUGCAUCAGCAAAAAAAAAAAAAAAAAAAAAAAAUGAGGCGUUCUUGUGGCACCUUAGAGACUAACAAAUUUAUUUGGGCAUAAGCUUUCGUGGGCUAGAACCCACUUCAUCAGAUGUAUGAAGUAAAAGAUACAGGAGCAGGUAUAAAUACGUGAAAGGAUGUGGGUUGCUGUAGCAUUCUGAGUUGCAGUUUACGUCAUUAAAAAAAAAUU